UUCUCCCUGCAAAAUGGCUGCUAAAGGAAAACAAGAAAACGUGGGUAGCGAUGAAGAAGAAGAAACUGUUCAAACUAUUCCCCAACGAAAUAUAUCAAGCAUUAGAAACAAAAUACUGAGAAAUGAAGCAUAUAAAAAACUCAAAAAGGAAAAACAAAAGUUGAAAAUAGAAGAAAAGAAAAAGAAAAGAAGAGAAGCAGAAGCUUCAGGUGAAAAGGAACCACCAAAGAAAGUCCCAAAAACUAUAGAAAGUAUGAGAGUGUAUGAUGAGACCAUGGUUAAUCCACAAGACGAAGAGGUUAUGUUAGAUGAGGCUACAGAUGAAUUAGCUUCAUACUUUAACAGAGAAACUCUACCUAAACUUCUUAUUACAACCUGUGAUAGACCUGGUGCGAGAACAAAUAAAUUUUGCAAAGAGUUGAAGAAAAUGCUGCCUAAUGCAGAAAUUAAAUAUAGAAGAGGUUUGGAUUUAAAGAAAAUUAUACCACAGGCAAUGGAAAGAGAUUUUACAGAUAUUUUAGUGAUAAAUGAGGACAGAAAAGAGCCUAAUGGUCUAGUCAUAACACAUUUACCUGAGGGACCAACAGCUCACUUUAAAUUAAGUAAUCUUAAAUUGUCAACAGAAAUAAAGAGGCCCGGAGGAAUGAGUGCACAUAGACCAGAAGUGAUAUUAAACAAUUUUAACACAAGAUUGGGACACAGUGUUGGACGAUUAUUAGCUUCUUUGUUCCCCCAUGACCCACAGUUUGAUGGGAGGAGAGUUGUUACAUUUCAUAAUCAAAGAGAUUUUGUAUUUGUACGGCAUCAUAGGUAUGUGUUCAGGAAUAACAAAAAAGUGGGUUUACAACAGUUAGGACCAAAAUUUACAUUGAAGUUGAGAUCUUUACAGAAAGGAACAUUUGAUUCAAAGUAUGGAGAAUAUGAAUGGAUACACAAGCGCCAUGAGAUGGAUGCAAGCAGAAGGAAAUUUCAUUUGUAACAAACUAUCUUACACUUUUAAAGCAAUCAUUAAGCUUUGAAGGAAAUGAACAGGAAAUUAGUCUUGGAGAGAUUGAUACUGAGUGAAGAUCCAAGUUCAUAUGAAAGGUUUUUUUGGCAGUAGUAACUAACUGACGAGUUUGUAAGGAAACCCUAAUUUCACAUUGAAAUAAGGAAAGGUUCAGAAAGAAUGGACAAGAUAAAGAUAUUGUUGAUGUUUAUGAAAUAAAUAAAUUAUUCGAUUUUUUAA